AUGAGUUCCAUGAAGUUUGAAAUUGAUAUAUUUAGUGGACACAACAACUUUAAUAUCUGGAAGAUCCAGAUGAUGGCGUUACUGUGGAGGGAAGGUUUAAUCCAUGCUAUUGACGGAAAGUAUCCUAAGGUUAUAUCAGCUCCUGAAAAGGAGAAGAUUGAAGGGGAUGCAUUGGGUGCAAUCCAACUAUCCCUUGCACCUAACGUGCUUUGUGAAGUGAGUACGGGUACCAAAGAGACAGCCAAACAGUUAUGGAAAAAUCUAGAAGGGCUAUACCAAGACCAAUCAGUGACAACAAGGAUGUUGUUACAACGGCGUCUUCACACAUUCAAGAUGAGGUCAGGUACUUCGUUACAAGAUCAUUUAGAUGCGUUCAAUAAACUUGUCAUUGACUUACAGAUUGCAGGAAUUAAAAAGAAGGAGGAGACGCUUGCAUGUGCUUUGUUAUUUUCAUUGACUUCAGGAUAUCGUGAUAUUGAGAAUUCAAUGGUGUAUAGCAAGGAUCCUAUCAAGCUUGAGCAAGUACAACAGGCACUUAACUCUAGUGAUGUGCGAAGGCACAUUGAAGGAGAUAGAUAUGACCAGGCAAGUGGGCUCUUUGUGAGAGGCCGGACUAGCCAACAGGGAAAGAGCAAAUCAAAGCACAGAUAA